AAUUGCAAUCUUUAAAAUCGACGUCUGGGGAAGAGAACCAGAGGUGGAGAGAAUUGUUCAUAAAGGACUGCGCAACGAAGUAUUCUCUAGACUGUGGCUUUUUGUGAAACUGUAACAUUACGUCGAGCAUCUCCAUCAGCCUAAGAUUGAAACAUGACGAAAAACUCGGUCCAAUCUCAGAAUGGUGAGACCGUUGCAGAGAGCAGAACAGUAGAGGAUGUAUUUGACGAUACUUACAAGGAAAAGGAUGGCCCAAAACCGCUACGGGAAAUUGUCUGGAGAAAUGUUAUUUUAAUGGCAUUACUGCACACUGGAGCUUUGUAUGGACUGACAAUUACGCCAUCGGUGUCCUCUCUGACUUUAUUGUGGACGGUUGUAUGCUUCUUCAUCAGUGCCCUUGGGGUGACAGCUGGUGCUCACCGCCUUUGGAGUCAUAGGUCAUACAAAGCUUCACUGCCCCUGCGCAUCUUCCUGGCUUUUGCAAACUCCAUGGCCUUUCAGAACGACAUCUAUGAGUGGGCCAGGGACCACAGGGUGCACCACAAGUUCUCGGAGACUGAUGCAGACCCCCACAACGCGCGGAGGGGCUUCUUCUUCGCCCACAUUGGCUGGCUGAUGGUUCGCAAACACCCAGACGUGAUCGAGAAGGGCAAGAAACUGGAACUGAGUGAUCUCAAAUCGGACGCAGUCGUCAUGUUCCAAAGAAAGCAUUAUAAGAUGUCCGUGCUGCUGAUCUGCUUCGCCCUCCCCAUGUUUGUGCCCUGGUACCUGUGGGGGGAGUCUCUGUGGGUGGGCUACUUUGUCCCGGGACUCCUGAGGUACGCCGUGGUGCUCAACGCCACGUGGUUGGUGAACAGCGCGGCACACAUGUGGGGCAUGAGGCCCUACGACAGUCACAUCAACCCCAGAGAGAACAAGUUUGUGGCUUUCAGCGCCAUAGGAGAGGGCUUCCACAACUACCACCACACGUUUCCUUUUGACUACGCCACGAGCGAGUUUGGCGGCGGCAAGUUGAACCUCACCACCUGCUUCAUUGACCUGAUGUGCUCCGUGGGGCUGGCCACGGACUGCAAGCGGGUGUCGCCAGAGAUUAUCAAGGCCCGCAUCCAGCGCACCGGUGACGGCAGUCAUAAGACGGGCUGAGCGACUCUCAGGUUUCACCGCUUCCCAUUCACCACGGGCCAAAAGCAACAACAACAUCAGCAACGCCAUGUGAGGAUGCUGUACUCAAAGGGUGGUUUGUAAAUGAGUUUUUCUCAAAAAGAAAACGCCUCAGAGAUAAAAUCGAAAAAAAAAACCUGGUGAGCCCUGCAAAACUAAUUUGAUUUGGAUAUAUUUUGUUUCCCGAUUGGCGAUGAUAAUAAGUGAGGGAAGAUAACUGGCUCAUGGAAUGGCGAGCAUCUCGGUCAAGUUAUUGCAAGUCAGAGAUGAAAACACUUCAAGUGUCUGGAGGUGAAACGGAUUUCACCAGGAGGGUAAUUCCAGAACGCACGCUUAGUUACUUACCUGGAUACUGCAACUAAAAUGAGUGGAACACUUCCUAGAGAGUAGUCCUAUUGCUUUAUUUUUCUUCGUAAAAAUGAUGUCUUUAGGCUCUUCUAGUUGGAGGUGUACCACUUACUUUUUUGACUUGCCUUAUGUGGGUUGGUAACUAAACUUGCGUACUUGGGAUACCCUCAGUUCGACUUCACGUGGAACACGUAGCUCUUGGUCACUGGUCGAGUACUCAAGUUGGCCUUUAGUCCCUCGUGUCAUUCUGAUGCUAUGCAAAAUAUUCAUUAACACACAUGUGCUAUUAAUCGUUCACGUGGCACUUGGAAAUGACAUAGCCGAUCAGUUUAGCAAUGUGAAGCUUAUAACUUUGAUCAUUUUUGAAUGCAGUAUGUCAUGUAUUACCCUUAUACUGGAUAAUAGUGUGAUACUGAUGUGGAUUUUUCAUUAAUCUUUCACAAAAUCCAUGAAUAAGGAAAAACACCAAGCAGAUUUAAACAGAAGCAAUGUGUUUUUUUUCAUUCAGCCACUGUACCAGCCAACAACUGUACAGUCGUUUUGCAGUCAAAAGUGGAAUAUGCUGCUUCACACCUACUCAUAUCAUUUCCUCGUUGCUCUUAUAACAAAUUGAGAAUUAUUUAUUGAUUAAUUGCACAGCACAUACCUCGCAACAACUUUUUUUUUUUCUGUUUUGUAACACCAGAUUCAAGCACAAUAGGUCAACCCAAAUAGGCUACAUAACAUUUUCCUUGCAAUAGAAUUCUCUUUACCUACAUUCAUGAAGGGAUUGUCUGUCCCUCAGGGAACGCAAACAAUAGGAACCAAGAUAAAUGUACUGUAUAUUGUCCAUAAAUACAAUAAUAUAUUUGAGAUGAACUUGUGUGCCUUAUCAAACAAAACUUUUUUUUUUAAAAGAUAUUCCUUGAGUGAUAUUUAUUCUCCCGUGUUGUGGCAGGUUCAUUAGGAAGUCAUUUAACUUUCUGAUAUCUGCACAUCUAGACAUCACAUCUACCAAAAAAGCCUUUCGGUCUAUUUUAGGCCUUGUAUUACUGUACACAUGACCAAAGGUCUCAUUUGGCGAAGUAGAAAGCUAACUAGGCCAAAUUAAACCUAGUUCUUCCAAUGCAGUGCUGAGCUUCAGGUUGAAUAGGAACUCUUCCUGUGCACAGUGCACAUUAAUAGUCAAGGUUAAUACUGGGUUGAAUAAACAACUGCAUUUUUUUGUCUCUUUUUCCCCUCAGAAAGAGUAUUUUUUAUAGUGUUGGCCUUAUUUUGAAUUUCCAAGUGCCUUAAAUAAAUGGCACAAAGAAUGUUGUGUUCACUGUCAGCACCAAAAAUAAAAACAUUUUUCUUGUAAAUAUGUACAAGUUGUGCAGUGACUUUGUGCUAUAUUCUGCCAUUAAUUGUUGUGACUCAAUAAACCUGCUUAUAAGAGUG